UCAGCUGAAGCCGUUUCUGCUUUUUCGUGCCUGCGUUUGCACCGGCGGCGCUCAUCUUCUCCAGGGUGACGGGAUGCACUGGUCUGAUACCGUCACGGUUCAGAUGAAGUGUAGCCGUGGUGAGAGGAGUUGCACUUUUAGGAGGCUCUCGGUAGCGACGGUUGUGGUGACGGUCUCAUUUUAUAAAUUUAAUCCUGUUCGUUUAGAAAUGAAAUGAAACUCCUCUAACUGUCUGACUCCUUCGCGCUGGCUAAUUUCUGAAGAACAGAAGUGAAAUGAACCACGUGAAUGGAAAGAUGUAACAGUUAAAAGUCCUCCAAAUGUUGAAACUCUGGAAAUGUGGAGGACAGCUGGAAAAGGCUUAAACACCGCUUUCCUAUAUGUCUGUAAUAAUGAGUGUCUGGCAAAGGAAGACAGAAAGCAGUUUUAUUUCUGACAAGACCUAUUUAAGAAGCACUUCAUAUUUUUAGUAAUUUUCAAGUAACUCAAGAGGAGGCCAGCUAUGAAACUGUAUUACUGAAUUUACGGCAGUCCAAGUAGAAGGGAAGCAUACCAGUAACACGCUUUCAGGCAGAGCACAGAAAUGAAGAUAAAGCAUCUGAAAGAUGAUGACACAUUUUCCAAUGUGUUUUGUGAAAACUCUAAGAAGCUUAUCAAUGUACAUUUAUUUGCCCUGGCUGCUAAGUAUUAUUCUUUGUCUGACCUUGGAGUGUGUACCCCAUUAGAAGACGUACUUGAAGCACUGAGAGGAGACAAUCAAGGAACAACAGGUAUCAAAACUGAUGAGUUUAUGAAUAAUAAGAAAUCACAUGAAGUGCAGGUGAUGUCAGAGCUGGUAGACAGCAUAGCGAAUUAUUGUGGUAUAAAGCAGGUGAUUGAUAUAGGUUCUGGAAAAGGCUACCUGAGUUCAUUUUUGUCCAUGCAAUAUAACUUAAAAGUUUAUGGAAUUGACUCCUCAAACACCAACACUAAUGGUGCUCAUGAAAGGAACAGAAAAUUGAAGAAACACUGGAGAGCAUAUCAGAGUCGAGGAAGAGCAAACCUCAAAAGCCAGAGGUUGGAAAAGGCAAAUGGCAGGCCAGUGGAAAGUGAAAUUAAAUGUAAAGCAAUCAGUGAAAAGCCCUUAAAUAACGACAGCAGUCUUCAAAGUCAGGACCAAGUGACUAUCCAAGAUUUAGUUCCUUCUUGUGGUUUCACAGAAGUAGCUACAUCUGAAACCAGCAAACAAACUGAAGUUGAUUUGGUGACUCGGACACAAUCUGAUGAGAGCAAACUUUCUGAAGAGAUUCUUGCUAUUCUAAAUGUUCUGCCUGCUGAUGCUGUAGAAGUUUCUUCUUCAUCUCAGUGUAGCUGUGGGGAACUCUGUGAAGAGGAAAGGGCGCAAAGAAAAAUGGCAUCUCUCAAGGCUAAAGCAAGCAAGUCGAGUGAAUCAAACCUGUAUUUUCCAUUGACCUCUUGCAUCACUGCAGAAACAGAACUCAGUGACAUCAUAACAGAUCUGGAGGACUGUAUGAUGGUGGGUCUACAUACAUGUGGCGAUCUUGCUGCAAAUACACUACGAAUUUUUACUGCCAAGCCUGAAAUCAAAGCAGUUUGCAGUGUAGGCUGCUGCUACCAUCUGUUGUCAGAACAGUUUGAAAACCAAGAAGAUUGUCCAGAGGAAGUGUGGGGAUUUCCCAUGUGUCAGUACUUGAAGGACAAGGGCUGGUGCUGUGGUCGCAAUGCUAGAAUGUCAGCAUGCUUGGCUUUGGAGCGAGUUGCAGUUGGCCAAAUGCUGCCUACAGAAUCAUUGUUUUAUCGAGCUGUUCUUCAGGUUAUUAUAGAAGAAAUUUAUGGUGUCACCAAAAGUGAUCGACAUGUUGGAAAAACUUUCUCCAAAUCAUCCUCCUUCAUAGAUUAUGUCAGAAAGUCUCUGAAAAAGCUGGAACUGGAUGAUUCAAAGUUGAAGGUUGUUCUGGCUCCCUGCAUAGAAGUUUUGAUACUUCUGGAUCGUCUUUGUUACCUCAAGGAGCAGGACAACAUUGCCUGGUCUGGACUUGUGAAGUUAUUUGAUCCCGUGAAAUCCCCCAGAUGCUAUGCAGUUAUUGCUCUGAAGAAACAGUCAUGUUUUUAAGUGGAAGCAAAUUGCAGAUAGGUUGAAAGCUCUGAGCUGAUACUGCUGUUUCCUCACUUUUAUUCUGUUAUUUUUAAUUGAUUCCUCAAGUACACUGACUGCUUUUCAGCUGCAAAAGUAAAAAGUGCAAUGUCUCUUUGAAUCAUGAGAAAUAAAGAUCUCCUUUAUAAAUAC